AUGAAAAAAUUAAAGAGUGAUAUUGCUGAUCCACUAUCAUCAGAAGAAAUGCCAGAUUAUCUACUGAAUGAUAGUCGAACAUUUGAACAGUACAUGGACGAGUCACCGUCGAUUGAAGAUCUACGACAGAUUGCAUAUUUCGAACAUAAAUCAGCACUAAUUGAAUUACAUCUUCUAUUUUGGACAGCUCAUUUGAAUUCGGGUACUGGUCAAUUGUUAAUUACGGAAUCAGCUGCAUGGCAAAUUUCGAAAUCGUCUACUCGUCGAAUCGGACGAGCUCGAUUUCAAUAUUGGUCGGAUAAAAUAAAAGCAAUCAUACUUGCUGAUGAUCAAGUCAAGGUUCCAAACAAUCGUGUCACUUACGAGAUGUGUUUCAAUUAUGUUACAGAGAAAAUUCGUCAGCUACGAGUACAACUCACAAAAUAUAGAACUGAACUGAAGCAACGAAAAGAACAACUCAAUACUUAUUUUACAGCAGCCAUCGAUGAAAAGAUCAAAUCGUUCGUUGAAGAAUAUGGUAUGACAUUACGUCGAAUCUUGAUUGAAAGUAAAAUUGUUGUUAUCAAAUGUGAUUACUAUGAUGAACUGUUCAAAUCGAAUUUUGAUUAUGAAAAUGCCUAUGCUCAUCAAUUGAAAUUAUUCGAGAAAAUAUGCCAAAGUAAAUUGAACAAAGAAACAGCUCGAAUGGAAGUGGAUUUAUUGAAGCAACGUGUUGUUCAUCAACACUAUUCGGAUUUAUUUCUUGCCUUUCGCAUACCAGAACCACCAGCUUUACUUACACUGCAAGAUCGAGGUGUUCGA